AAAUAAAAUAUGAGAGAUAAGGCAAAGUAGGUGACUACCAAAAAAAGAAACUAUAAUGAAAAAAAUUGUGAAGGAAGUUACUUGGCCACUCUGUCUAUAUUGUGACUCAAACGCACCCCAAACUAUGCAAUCAAUUAGUGUUUCUUUCUUCCAUCAUCUUCUUCCUAUAAUUUUUUAUCUCUAUCUAUGCUUCACAACAUCAACAACAAUAUUUGUAACAACGUUUUGGGUUCCUAAGGAUUGUGUUUUUGCAUGUUGGAGCAAAAUUUAGCAUCAUAGAUAAUAUGUUGUAUUGCAAUUGCAUGGCUUAGCUAGAUGAAUAUGAGAGGAACAAUGGGACACCGUUUGCCAGCAUCCAUUGAAGAUUUAUACAAGAGAAAAGUGCAAAGAAGUAAAACAAAAGAUGUAGAGAAGCCUUUCCACUUAUCUAUCCAAGAUAGGAGCUCAAGAUGCAAGUUUUCUUUUUUAAAACUUAUCUUAGUGGUAACCAUUUCUGCCACUUUUGUAAUGCUCCUAUACUCUCCAGAAGUUUACAGUACCAGAAAUUUAUCAGGCUCUGGCUCAAGGUGGAUAUGGGGUGGCUCAGAUCCUCGGUACAUUUCAAAUAUAGAUACUGAUUGGGAUGAUAUAAUGAAAAUAACAGAGAAAAUGACAGGAAAGAAUGAAUUUCAAGGCAUCGGACUUGUAAAUUUCAACAACACUGAGAUUUCUAACUGGAAGCGUAAUUUUCAUGAUACCACACAUUUUGUUCUACAUCUGGAGCAUGCUGCAAACAACGUUACAUGGGAGUCUCUAUAUCCAGAAUGGAUUGAUGAAGAAGAAGAAACUGAAGUUCCUGUUUGUCCUUCUCUACCAAGUCUUGUAUCUCCUGGUACAAGACUCAAUCUCAUUGCUGUCAAGCUUCCUUGUAGGAAUGGAGACAACUGGUCUAGAGAUGUCGCUCGUUUGCACCUGCAGCUUGCAGCUGCUGGACUUGCUACCUCUUUCAAAGGAAAUUACCCCGUUUAUGUGCUCUUCAUUACCAACUGUUUUCCGAUACCAAAUCUGUUUACCUGCAAAGAACUAAUUGGACGUGAAGGAAAUGUAUGGUUAUACAGACCAAACUUGAGUAUUUUGAGAGAAAAGGUUCAGCUUCCAGUUGGCUCAUGUGAACUUGCACUUCCUAUGAGAGGCAAAGAACUGGUUUACAAUGGAAAUGCUCCAAGAGAAGCCUAUGCAACAAUUCUGCAUUCAGCUCAUGUUUAUGUCUGUGGAGCCAUAGCUGCAGCACAAAGCAUCCGAAUGUCAGGAUCGAGAAGAGACCUUGUAAUACUUGUUGAUGAGACAAUCAGUGAAUAUCACAAAAGUGGUUUGGAAGCAGCAGGGUGGAAGGUUAGAAAAAUCCAGAGGAUCAGAAACCCCAAAGCUGAAAAAGAUGCUUACAAUGAAUGGAACUACAGCAAAUUCAGGUUAUGGCAGUUGACAGAUUAUGACAAGAUAAUAUUUAUUGACGCAGAUUUGCUCAUACUCAGAAACAUAGAUUUUCUAUUUGGAAUGCCAGAAAUCACUGCUACCGGUAACAAUGCCACGCUUUUCAACUCAGGUGUCAUGGUGGUGGAGCCAUCAAACUGCACAUUUCAGCUCCUGAUGGAUCAUAUUAAUGAGAUUGAGUCCUACAAUGGAGGGGACCAAGGGUAUUUGAAUGAAAUAUUUACAUGGUGGCACAGGAUACCAAGACACAUGAACUUCUUGAAGCAUUUUUGGAUUGGUGAUGAGGAAGAGAAGAAGCAAAUGAAAACCAUGUUGUUUGGUGCUGAGCCACCAAUUCUUUACGUGCUUCACUAUCUAGGUUUGAAGCCAUGGUUAUGCUUCAGGGACUAUGAUUGUAACUGGAAUUUUGAUAUAUUUCAUGAGUUUGCAAGUGAUGUAGCACAUGCAAAGUGGUGGAAGGUGCAUGAUGCAAUGCCUGAGCUUUUACAGCAGUUUUGUCUGUUGCAGUCAAAGCAGAAGGCACAAUUGGAGUGGGAUCGGAGCCAAGCUGAAAUAGCAAACUACACAGACGGGCAUUGGCGAAUCAAAGUUAAAGAUCACCGCUUGACGAAGUGUAUAGAUAAUCUGUGUGACUGGAAAAGCAUGUUGCGGCAUUGGGGAGAGAGUAACUGGACAGAUGAUGAGUUUUUUACUCCAACACCUCCCACAGUUGCCACAUCAUCUCUUUCUGCGUUAUGAGCUGUCAGAUUCAAGUUUUCAACUUUUCUUGCCUACCAUAUCUUUCAUAACAAAAAACAACAACAAAACUUUAUCCCACUCAAUGGGGUCGGCAUUAGAAAAAAUGGAUAAAGGAGAAAAAAAAUCCCAGUACACAUUUUUAUGCUUAAAAAUGGUCUAUUCUCAAAGCUUUAUUCCGAUCAUAUGGACAUAGAUUUCACCACAAUUCAAUUUUUGAGGAAUUUCCCUGAAUGAAUUAAUAAUGUAUGACUC